GGUGUGAGGGAAGGGGAGCGGCCCCUUCCCCGCCAGCCCUGGACCAUGGCGGCCCCCGGAGCCCCUGGAGAAUAUGAUGUGCUGAUUGUGUAUGCAAGUGACGCCACUGAAUGGUGUCAGUACCUCCAGAACCUCUUCCUCUUUACUCGCCACGUUCGAAAGCAUCGGAUUCUGAGCUACCAGCUGGAAGACGACUCUGCCAUCUCCCAAGAGGAGCUGAACCUGUUCAGCAGAAGUCGGAGUAUCGUCCUUUUGCUGUCUGCUGAGUUGGUGCAGAGUUUUUAUGUUCCUCACAUCCUGCUGAGCCUUCAGGAAGCUUUAUGGCCCCCGUGCAAAAUAGUCAAGCUGUUCUGUGGUGUUACAGACUGUGAAGACUUUUUGACUUUUUUCAAGGACUGGUCUCAGUGGCAAGAACUCACAAAUGAUGAUGAGCCUGAUGCUUACCUUGCAGCUGUCGAGAAGGCUAUUUCAGAAGACUCAGGCUGUGACUCUGUGACUGAUACAGAAACAGAAGACGAGAAGAAUUCAGCUGACUCCCAGAAACUUGCCAUGAGUGAAGAACAUGAAUCAUCCAAGAGCACUGGGGACGGUCCAGUGGUGCAGCCCAGCCGCAUACAAUGUGGGGUGCAGACAACAGUUUAUAUUAUCAUGAAAUGUAAACUAGAUGGUGAAAUGAAAACUGAAGUUGAAUUUUCUCCAGAGAAUUCAUCUUCUGUGCGUGUGCUGGCUGAGUUGGAGAAUGAGUACACAAUCUCUGUGAAGGCUCCAAAUUUAACCUCUGGGACAGUGCCCCUGCAGAUAUAUUCAGGGGACUUGAUGGUGGGAGAAACAAGUGUCACUUACCAUACUGACAUGGAGGAAAUCAGCAAUCUGUUGGCUAAUGCAGCCAACCCUGUACAGUUCAUGUGCCAGGCCUUUAAAAUUGUGCCAUACAGCAUAGAAGCCCUGGACAAACUGUUGACUGAGUCACUCAAGAAGAACAUUCCUGCCAGUGGUCUACACCUGUUUGGAAUUAACCAGCUGGAAGAAGAAGAUAUGACAGCAAAUCAGAGGGAUGAGGAGCUGCCAACACUGCUUCACUUCUCUGCAAGAUACGGGCUGAAGAACCUUACUGCUUUGCUGCUUACAUGCCCUGGAGCACUGCAGGCCUACAGCGUAGCCAACAAGUAUGGCCACUACCCAAACACCAUAGCAGAAAAGCAUGGCUUUAAGGAUCUCCGCCAGUUCAUUGAUGAAUAUGUGGAAACUGCUGAUAUGCUAAAGAGUCACAUUAAGGAAGAGCUGAUGCAAGGCGAGGAGGAUGAGUCUGUUUAUGAGUCCAUGGCUCAUCUGUCCACUGAUCUGUUAAUGAAAUGUUCCUUGAAUCCAGGCUCCGAUGAAGAGCUUUAUGAAUCCAUGGCUGGAUUUGUCCCGGGUGCCCCAGAAGAUCUUUAUGUAGAGAUGCUUCAAUCCAAACCAGACACUCCAGUUGCUGGAGAUGAAGUUUCCAUAACUACAAAAGACUCAAUGCUCCGCAAGUUUUUAGAAGGUGGUAGCAUGGAUGUGCCAGAUUCCGAGGAAGGAGGUCAUGAGCAGUAUGGUGAAGAUGUGUACUACUCAGUGGAACAAGACCCUUUUCCACAGGAAAUGGCAAACAGACCUCCAGUUCCUGUUCCAAGACCAGAAUCUAGCUCUCCACAGCCAGACAAUGAGCUGUACAUCUCCAAAAUUUUUGCACAGAAGGCUCAAAGACCUGAGAAUCUUUAUGUCCCUAGAGGAAGAAUUAAGAAAGAGACAAUAGUCAGGCCUGUGAGGGACCUGUCUCAAUCAAGUAUAUAUGAUCCAUUUGCUGGAAUGAAAACCCCAGGGCAGCGGCAGCUCAUUACAUUACAGGAGCAAGUGAAAAUGGGCAUCCUCACUGUGGAUGAAGCUGUACUUCAUUUUAAGGAGUGGCAACUGAACCAGAAAAAGAGAUCAGAAUCAUUCCGGUUCCAGCAGGAAAAUCUGAAACGUCUACGAGACAGCAUAACCAGGAGGCAAAUGGAGAAGCAAAAAAAAGACAAAAGUGCAGAUUUGGAAAUUACAGUACCCAUUCGACAUUCUCAUAAUACUUUGGGGAAACCAGAAUGUGGAAUAUAUGAAUACGCCCCCAGGAAAAACUUUUAUCCACCAAAAAAGGAGUUAAAACGAGGAGACUGGAAAACAGAAAGCACAUCCAGCACAACAAGUAGUGCAAGUAACCGCUCCAGCACUCGGAGUAUAUUGAGUGUCAGCAGUGGGAUGGAAGGGGACAGUGAGGAUAGUGAAGUCCCAGAAACAACAAGGAGCCGCAGCCCAGUUCUUCACCAAGUAGAGAGGAUUCCUUUCCCAGAAAGGCCUCCCAGAGUGCCCCCUCGAGGUGCAAGCAGGCCUGUAAGCUGUGAAGGCUUUUAUCCUCCACCUGUGCCCCCAAGAGGUCGCUGAGUCUCUCAACAUCUGUGGAAUAUGAGAUUUUUUCUUGUUUAUAUAUGUGUUUGUACAGAUAUUUUUUGGGCUGUCUUAAAUUAUUUAUAAGUGCGACCAAAGUGAUUUCAUCCCGUUCAUCCUCCCUGAAGCUCUGGUGACUUUUCCCAUGAUUUUCACUGGGACUUUGGCGUUCUAUAACUUUUUUUGGUUGGAAGAAUUUUGGUGCUUUAGGGCUUCAAGAAAAGGUAUCAUCAUUGAGAAGAACAUGAAUGUGUGUCUUGGGAGCCUUGCACCAACACAAAGAUGACAUUUGAUCAAGAAAGCACAUGUGUCCUGAUAAGCAUUGUUACCAAACCUCUCAAUACAGUCUACCAGGGCUUGACUGGAAACCGUGCUUGAAAAGUAAAGGAAGUAAGAUGUUUGAAAAAUGCUCAUUAUAGCAGGAAGAGGUGAAUGUACUACUGCUUGGCAUAACAUUUUGAAUACAAUUACACUGACCUUUCAGAAGGUGUAGCAUCCCCCUUUAGCAAUUAUUAAACCAUGGGAAGGUGAGAAAUUGUCUUCAAGAAUGUAUUUUGCAUACAGCCUUGAAAACGCCUUUCCUUUUCCUGUUCCCUCCUUGAAGAGGACAGACAAGGUGUUGUGUGUGCUGUAUUUACCAUGAAAAUUCCCAAGACAGCUGGUAAAGGACUUUAUCACAAACCAACCGUACUUAAACCUUUUUCAGGCAGGGUGCAGGUAUGGUGUUACAAAUUCACAUGACUGAGCUCUCAAAUUAGAGAAGGAAUUGGUGGCA